AGUUACUUCAUUCGUUGCGACGUUUAAGUCGCAGUAACAUUAGAUUGUUGUGUUAUUAACUGCUUUGUUAUCACUCGCAAAACACGUUUUUAUACCAUUGAAUAUUAUACGACCGAUCCCAGGCAAUCUUUAUCUCUGUGCUUAAAGAUGUUUUGAUAUGUGUAGUGUAGUCUACAAAUACAAUGUUUAUGAAAUGCUGCUGUUGAUUAUUUAACACAGGGCUAGUCAUGCGUAAUGAAGAAUACACAUAUUAAUUGUGCCUGCUUCAUUUCACAUUAAACUUAUUGCCUCAAACAUAUUGUAUAGUGCACAGUGGAUGUAGUGCAUAGAACAAUGAGACAGUAUCAACAAAGAAGAAUCCUUAGCAACUCACCUUGCAGUUAAGCGGUAAUGCAGUAAAAAUGCAGCCGUCAAUCAACACCUGCCUCCUAGGCCUUUUAGGCUUUCUUACCUAUGUCAAAGGAAAUCUUAUUGUCUAUACCCAGGAUGUACCGCAUACGAUAGCAGAUGAAUUCCGUGACAUGCCUGCUAGUUUCGGUCCGGAUUUGCCGGACGAGGGCCUGCGCGGCUUCCUCGUGGUGGGCGAACCGGCUAAUGGCUGCGGCGUCAUGACCAAACCACCUAUUGACGAGAACUUUACUGGCAACUGGAUUGUGCUAGUUGCUAGAUACAAUUGCAGUUUCGAAGUAAAAGUCCGCAAUGCGCAGGCGGCUGGCUUCCACUGUGUCAUAGUACAUAAUGUCAACUCAAGUGACCUAGAGACAAUGUCGGCGAGUAAUCCCAUGGGAAUAGAUAUCCCCUCGGUAUUCGUGAGUGACGUAGCUGGGAUCAUCUUAUCCGAAGAGUAUAAUUAUACUAACCGGUACUAUAUAAUGGUGAACGGUGAUCUUCCGUUUAAUAUCAACACACACCUACUUCUGCCCUUUGCGAUAGUGGUCGUGUUGUGUUUGAUAGUCAUACUUGUGUUUAUGAUAGUAAAAUGUAUAAAAGACCGGCGACGAGCGAACCGGCAUCGUCUUCCGAAUCGUUCGCUUAAAAAGAUUCCUACUUGCAAGUUCAGCAAAGGGGACCCUUACGACACGUGCGCUAUUUGCCUUGAUGAUUAUCAGGAAGGGGAGAGGCUACGAGUACUUCCUUGUGCACAUGCGUACCACGCCAAGUGCAUUGACCCGUGGCUAACUCAAAAUCGCCGCGUGUGUCCCGUUUGUAAGCGGCGCGUGUUUGCCGCUGGGGAAAGGCGACGCCCUCACCCUGACUCCGAUACGGAUGAUACGGAACCACUUGUGGGAGACUCCCAGGAGGGAAAUGAUACCCAGGGUGGUACAUUUGAGGAACAACGGGAAAACCCUUUCGUGAGAGCAACGCGGUACAUCGCGCGACUGAGGGCCCGACAACAAGAAUCCAAUAAUGCUGAGGUAGAAGCACCUCAAGCGCAGAUUAAUAGUAGUGAAGUUACGGUAGACGUAGAGCCAGUAGAUGACACUCAGCCCCUACUGGCGUCCGUCCGUCGCCAGAAUCGGCGCAGAGGUCGCCGAUCUCGCUCUGCGCACGCGCAGCCCCCGUCUGCGCCUUCACAGCCAGAAAUCGGUGUAGCAGCUUUACACGCCCCUCAGUCACAGGUGGAAAGACAUUUCGUUGAUUUAUGAAUACAAAACAAUAAUUUUAUGUUGAAGUUGGUACUCACCGAUUUUUCUAUUGAGUUAUCUGCCAUUUUUACUGUGAUGGGUAAAGGGUUAUACCACACUUGGCAUGGUGGCGUUUGACUUCUUUCCUGCUUAAUUUGUAUUACGCUAUAUUUUUACAAUGGAACUAGUUAUGUUAAUUUUAAAAAAAAUCUACAAAUCCUAUGAUUUGAUUAUUAAUUUGGAAAUUGACAGAUAAUAAUUUUUAACACCGCUUGGAAAAUUGUCAAGUACUGAAACAUGAGUUCAUUUUAAUUCCUUUACUUAAUUUUUUACUGGCUUGAUUAAUACAUUUU